CUUCUCAUGAUCAUAUCAAAUCAUGAGGCCAUGUGAAUUUCAUAAAAUAAACAAACCAAAGUACCAAUCCAUCCAAUUAUCCAUAACACAUCUAUCCCUUACCAAAAAUACCAAUCUAUAUAUACCUUCGCAUGCACACAAACUAUCCCACCAUGCAACCACGUGCUCAACCUUCACCUUCCUCACUUCAACACACACUUCAAAUUUCACUUUCUUUCCCACCUCCAAGAAACACAUUCCAAAUUCCACCUCCAUUUUCUUUCCACCACCAAUCUCAACAACCAAACAAAACAACCAUGACCAUCGACACUCUCCGUCGAUUCUUUCUCCCUUGUUUCACCACCCCAUCAACCACCACCACCACCACCACCCAAACCAAGAAAAACCGCCUCAGCACCACCUCAAACCAAAACACAAAAACCUCCCCAGCCUCCUCCACCUCCUCCACCACCACAACAAUCUCAACCACCGCACCACCUCGUCCAUCCAAAUCAAUGGUAAUCGGAACCAUCUUCGGUAACCGUCGCGGCCACGUUUGGUUUUGCAUCCAACACGACCGUUUAACCCUAAAACCAACUCUCCUCCUCGAACUUCCUCUCUCCACCAACAACCUCGUCCGUGAAAUGCGCAACGGCCUCGUUCGCAUAGCUCUCGAAUGUGUCACCACGUCCGACAAUCCCGCUUUUUCUAACUGUCAACUCCGAUCAGUCCCUCUCUGGACCGCCUUCUGUAACGGCCGGAAAACAGGUUUCGCCGCACGCCGUCGCGCCGAAGAUCGAGUCAGAAACAUUCUUCAGACUAUGCAGUGUGUUACUGUUGGUGCCGGUGUUAUUCCUUCUGGAUUCGGGUCGGGUUCUGAGGAGGAGCUUAUGUAUAUGCGUGCUAAUUUUGAACAUGUUGUUGGAAAUGUUGACUCGGAAUCGUUUCAUCUUAUUAACCCGGACGAGUGUACGGGUCAGGAACUCAGUGUUUUCUUGCUACGAUCUCGACUCGGGGUGAAUCGUUGAGUAAUGUAAUAAUCUUGCAAAGAUUUAAUUAAUCUUUUAUUUUUUUAAUUAUGUAAUUUUGAUUUUUGGUACAGUUACGAGUAAAGUUUCACAGUCAAAGAAAGAUUAUCUUUUGAGUUUUUUUUUUUUUUUGUGAUGAUUCUUGAAUUUUUAAUUGUGUUUUGGGAUUUUCAAUUAUUUUUUUUUUUUGAGAAUUGUGGUGUUGUUGCCACGUGAUUCUGUGUAAAGUUGAUGAGUUUUUCUAAAACUAAUCUCAUCACUAAUAUUCUAAUUAUUCUUCACUUUUGUCUAUGAUAUUUGUAACUGGAUUAAACAGAUCAGUAUGGUGUAGGAAUCUUAAUUUCUGUGCUUUCUCAUAUAUUUUUCCUAUAUUUGAGACAUUUGAUUAAUCACAUUAAAAAAAUUGUGAUUAAUUCAAUUAUAUGAUUAACCAUAAUUUUUAAUGUUAAUUAGUUUUGCAUGUUAUUAAUAACAUUUUGGUUUUUCAUUUGUGGAUUUUUAAAUUUUGAAUUGAUUAUCUUUGAGAUUCAUUUGGGUAUCUUUUAGUUUAAUUAAUUACUGUAUUAGAUAGAUCUGUGUCAUUGGGGCAUUUUUUUUUUCUUCUUUUUGUUAGAUUUUGGAAUAUUUGAAAAUGUUUUUAAAUUACUUGGUGUCAAUCUUUUUGAAGACAAGUUGAAUAUAAUUUUCUUUUCUCUCUGUCUUGGUAUCAUUUUGUGUGUUGUGAAUACUCCAAAGCUGUAUUAGUUUACUAAGAAUUUGUAUAAUAUAAUGGAAAUUAACCAGCUAAUAAUCCUGAUUAAGUAGUGCUUUAGACAUGGGAUAACCAUUCUUUUUCGUUGUACUAUGUGGUCUCGAUCAAUAUGGGGUGGGACAUUAGAACCAAAAAAAUCGACAUGGCGUAUACUAUAAACUUGCAUUUGUGUCCAUAAAUCACCUUUUUAUUCGAAUCUAUUCAAGCUUCUAUAGAUGUUUAUGUGUAUGGUGAUAGGGAAAGAGAUCCCCUUCACUAGUUGGAGGAUAUUUUUUUCUUUUAUA